AUGCCUGUCAUCAAACGCACUCCCGCACCUGGAGAAAGCUACGAUGCGACUGCGAAGCCCCCGCCCUUUGGUCAUGAGCUUAAGCAAUACUUUCCACUCGAAGAUGACUAUGUUAAUUUGAACCACGGUUCCUACGGCUCGGUACCGCUUCCUGUGACCUAUGCUGCCAUCGAGCUGGGAAGCGUCAUCGAGGCCAACCCCGACCGGUUCAUGCGCUUCGACGCAAAGCCCCUCCUCGACAAAUCUAGGGAAGCCGUAGCGAAGUUUAUUGGCGCAGAGACCGACGAAGUGGUCUUCGUCUCUAACGCCACGCAUGGGAUCAACAGCGUCCUCCGCAACUUCGAAUGGCACGCGGGCGACGUGCUCCUCGGAGCAUCGACGACCUUCUCUGCCGUCACGCAGACGAUGCAGUUCCUCGCGGACGGCCCCGUGCACGCGCGCCCCGCACUUCACAUCGUGGAGCUCAACUUCCCGAGGACGCACGCGGAAGUGCUCGAUGCCUUCCGCGCGAAGCUCAGGGAGCUCAAGCAGGCCGCCGCGGGCACCACCUUCACGGACGUGCCACCGCUCUCUUUUGGGUACGCGGCAGCGUCUGGGACGGAGAAGGGGAACAAGAUCGUCGCUGUCAUUGACAGCAUCGCGUCUAUUCCGGGUGUCCUCAUGCCGUGGAAGGAGAUGGUUGCGAUAUGCCGCGACGAGGGCGUGUGGAGCGUCAUCGACGGUGCGCACAGCAUCGGGCAGGAGCCUAACAUCAACCUGAGCGAGGCAAAACCUGACUUCUGGAUCUCCAACGGCUACAAGUGGCUGUACACGAAGAGGGCGGUCGCUGUGCUUUACGUGCCGAAGCGGUCUGUACUCAAUCUCAUUUCACCCCCUCUCGCCAUGUCGUGCGUAUCCCUUACAAUCGGCUGGGACAGGAACCAGAGUAUUAUGAAGUCUUCCCUCCCUACCUCGCUCUACUACGUCUCGCCCUCCAACGCGCGGUUCGCGGCCGUCGGCACCAACUUCGUCAACCAGCACGAAUGGCUCGGCGCGCACGAUCCCAUCCCACACAUCACGAUCCCCGACGCCCUCGCGUUCCGCAACUGGCUCGGCGGCGAAUCCGCGAUCCACGCGUACUGCAACAAGCUCGCGCGCGACGGCGCCGCCCGCCUCGCCACGCUGCUCGGCACCCACGUCAUGGACACCUCCGGGGAGCUCACCCUCAACCUCAGCAACGUCCUCCUCCCGCUCCCCGUCGAGCCCGCGCCGGGCGCGGUCUACACGCCCGCGGCGUUCGCGCAGAUCGACGCGCUCUUCCGCCGGCGGCUCCUCUUCGACCACAAGACGUACGCCGGGCACUGGUACCACGCCGGCGGCUUCUGGGCGCGAACGAGCGCGCAGGUGUACAACGAGAUGUCCGACUUCGAGCACGUCGCGAAGGCGUUCAUCGCGAUCUGCGACGAGAUCAAGGAGACGAUCUUGGCUCCGAAGGCGGAGGCGAUUCCCUGA